AGCAAGGUGUCGCAGCUGGAGGAACCGUACUUCCGCUCUCUCGCGGACACGCUAGGCCCGCCCCUCUCUCCACUGGCCCUCCCCCUACCCGCGCGCUCAGGCCCCUCCCGAUGGCUCGCGACAGGUGGCGCUGUCUGCGGCGUCACUGAGGUCCCGGCUGCCGCGGAGACGAUCUCCCGGCGGGCUGUGCGGCCCGGCUCCCCGGCGGCAGCGAGUGCCACGUCCCAAGUGCUACGCGGAGGGGCGGACGGGCGGUGCGCGGGGGGCGGGAGCAGCGCGGAGCCAGGUUCGGCCACAGCGAUCGCCCGCCGCCAUGGGCUCCUCGCAGAGCGUCGAGAUCCCGGGCGGGGGCACCGAAGGCUACCACGUCCUGCGGGUACAAGAAAAUUCCCCAGGACACAGAGCUGGACUAGAGCCUUUCUUUGAUUUUAUUGUUUCUAUUAAUGGUUCAAGAUUAAACAAAGACAAUGACACUCUUAAAGAUCUACUGAAAGCAAAUGUUGAAAAGCCAGUAAAAAUGCUUAUCUAUAGCAGCAAAACACUGGAGCUGCGAGAGACCUCAGUCACCCCAAGUAACCUGUGGGGUGGCCAGGGCUUGUUGGGAGUGAGCAUUCGUUUCUGCAGCUUUGAUGGAGCAAAUGAAAAUGUUUGGCAUGUGUUGGAAGUAGAAUCAAAUUCUCCUGCAGCACUGGCAGGUCUUAGACCUCACAGUGAUUAUAUCAUUGGAGCAGAUACAGUCAUGAAUGAGUCUGAAGAUCUAUUCAGCCUUAUUGAAACACAUGAAGCAAAGCCACUGAAACUUUAUGUGUACAACACAGACACUGAUAACUGCCGAGAAGUGAUUAUUACACCAAAUUCUGCAUGGGGUGGGGAAGGCAGCCUAGGAUGUGGCAUUGGAUAUGGUUAUUUGCAUCGAAUACCUACACGCCCAUUUGAAGAAGGAAAGAAAAUUUCUCUUCCAGGACAAAUGACUGGCACACCUAUUACACCUCUUAAAGAUGGGUUUACAGAGGUCCAGCUUUCCUCAGUUAAUCCCCCAUCUUUGUCACCACCAGGAAGUACAGGGAUUGAACAGAAUCUCUCUGGACUUUCUAUUAGCUCAACACCAGCUGUCAGUAAUGUUCUCAGUACAGGUGUACCAACAGUACCAUUAUUGCCACCACAAGUAAACCUCACUUCUAUGCCACCAAUGAACCCCUCUACUACAUUACCAGGUCUGAUGCCUUUACCAGCAGGACUACCUAACCUCCCCAGCCUCCCCAACCUCAACCUCCCCGCACCGCACAUCAUGCCAGGAGUUGGCUUACCAGAACUCGUGAACCCAGGUUUGCCACCUCUUCCUUCUUUGCCUCCCCGAAACCUCCCUGGCAUUGCACCUCUCCCCAUGCCUUCCGAGUUCCUCCCAUCAUUCCCUUUGGUUCCAGAAGGCUCUCCUGCAGCAAACUCAGGGGAGCUGCUGUCUUCCCUCCCUCCCACCGGCAGCCCACCUUCUGACCCUGUCAUGACUACUGCAAAGGCAGAUGCUGCCUCCUCACUCACUGUGGAUGUGACAGCCCCUGCCUCCAAGGCCCCCACUGCUGUUGAGGACAGAGUCGGCGACUUGGCUCCAGCCAACGAGAAGGCUGUUUCUGCAGCUUUGGAUGCAAAUGCUUCUGAGUCUCCUUAACUUGGAACUGUCCUCCGGAAUCGGCGUGGUAUAUUUAUUUAACCACGGGAGUGUGUCUGGAAGCGCAAACUCAUUAAUUUCAUACUAGUUUGUACCGUAUCUGUAGGCGUCCUGUAAAUAACUCUAAGGGGAAAACUAAGCACGAGGACGUGGGUUGGAUCCUGCCAAGUUGGGGUGGGCUCAUGGGCCAGGGAAGAAAUGUCAGAAAGUGCUUGUAUUUGUUUUUGUUUUUUUGUUUUUUUUUUUUGAGUUGGA